CCGCCGCCCGUGACUCUCGCCGAGCAGCCAUGGCGGAUCCCGCAGCGCCCGCGCCCGCCGCCCCGGCCCCCGGCCCGCCGUCGGCCGCCGGCUCGCAGCGCCUGCUGUUCUCCCACGACCUGGUGUCGGGCCGCUACCGCGGCUCGGUGCGCUUCGGGCUGGUGCGCCUCAUCCACGGCGAGGACUCGGACUCGGAGGGCGAGGAGGGGCGCGGCAGCUCGGGGGGCUCCGAGUCCGGAGGGCCCGGCCACGAGGAGGGCCGCGCCAGCCCCCUGCGCCGCGGAUACGUGCGCGUCCAGUGGUACCCGGAGGGCGUCAAGCAGCACGUCAAGGAGACCAAGCUGAAGCUGGAGGACCGCUCGGUGGUGCCCCGGGACGUGGUCAGACACAUGGGCUCCAGUGACAGCCAGUGCGGGACGGUGAUUGACGUGAACAUCGACUGUGCCGUGAAGCUGGUCGGGACCAACUGCAUCCUCUACCCUGUCAACAGCAAGGACCUACAGCACAUCUGGCCCUUCAUGUACGGGGACUACAUCGCCUAUGACUGCUGGCUGGGCAAGGUCUACGACCUGAAGAACCAGAUCAUCUUGAAGUUGUCCAACGGGGCCAGGUGCUCCAUGAACACAGAGGAUGGAGCAAAGCUGUAUGACGUCUGCCCGCACGUCAGCGAUUCGGGCCUCUUCUUCGACGACUCGUACGGCUUCUACCCGGGCCAGGUGCUCAUCGGGCCCUCCAAGGUCUUCUCCAGCGUCCAGUGGCUGUCGGGGGUCAAGCCUGUGCUCAGCACUAAGAGCAAGUUCCGGGUCGUGGUGGAGGAGGUGCAGGUCAUGGAGCUCAAGGUCACGUGGAUCACAAAAAGUUUCUGCCCCGGGGGCACCGACAGCGUCAGCCCCCCGCCCUCGAUCAUCACCCAGGAGAAUCUUUCCAGGGUGAAGCGCCUGGGCUGCUUCGACCAUGCCCAGCGGCAGCUGGGGGAACGCUGCCUCUACGUGUUUCCGGCCAAGGUGGAGCCAGCGAAAAUCACCUGCGAGUGUCCCGAGAGGAACUGUGUCCUGGGAGAGGGCUCUGUGGCAAAGAAGGUGAAGCGGCUGCUGAAGAAGCAGAUCGUGAAGAUCAUGUCCUGCUCCCCCGAUUCUCCAGCCCCUGGGGACCACCCAGAGGGGUCCGCCAGAGCCCCGGCCGGCCCCCCGGAUGCAGCCAAGGGCCCGGUCAGCCCCGCGGAGGCCCAGGAGGUGGGGUCGGGGAUGGGGCCCGAGGGGGGAUCCGGCGAGGCUGGGGAGCGGCAGCCCUCCUGCCCCCUGAAGGAGGAGACGGGGGCAGCGGCGGCGGCAGAGGAGCGCCAACAGCUCCAGGCGAUGGAGCAGGACGCGGACGACGAGGGGGCCGACGACACGGACGACACCAGCUCGGUGACCUCCUCGGCCAGCUCGACGGCGUCUUCCCAGAGCGGCAGCGGCACCGGCCGCAAGAAGAGCACCCCCCUGUCCAUCAAGAACCUGAAGCGCAAGCACAAGAAGAAGAAGACCAAGGUCUCCCGGGAGUUCAAGCCCGGGGAUAGGGUGGCGGUGGAAGUGGUGACCACGAUGACGUCGGCCGACGUGAUGUGGCAGGACGGCACUGUGGAGUCCAGCAUCCGCUCCAAUGAGCUCUUCCCCGUGCACCACCUGGACAACAACGAGUUCUGCCCUGGAGACUUCGUAGUGGACAAGAGAGCCCAGAGUUGCCCGGACCCAGCAGUGUACGGCGUGGUGCAGUCCGGGGACCACAUCGGCCGCACCUGCGUGGUCAAGUGGUUCAAGCUGCGGCCGGCCGGGGACGACGUCGAGCUGAUCGGGGAAGAGGAGGACGUGAGCGUGUACGACAUCGCGGACCACCCCGACUUCCGCUUCCGCACCACCGACAUCGUCAUCCGCAUCGGCAACACCGAGGAGGGGGCCGCCGCCCCCAAGGAGGAUGAGCCGUCGGUGGGCCAGGUGGCCCGGGUGGACGUGAGCAGUAAGGUGGAGGUGGUGUGGGCCGACAAUUCCAAGACCAUCAUCCUACCCCAGCACCUGUACAACAUCGAAUCAGAGAUCGAGGAGUCCGACUACGACUCGGUGGACGGCAGCACGAGCGGCGCCUCGUCGGACGAGUGGGAGGACGAGAGCGACAGCUGGGAGACGGACAAUGGGCCCAUGGAGGACGAGCCGGCCCCCGCCCCCGAGCCGGCCCCCGCCACCGCCCUCCCUGCCGCCCAGGAGGAGGAAGAGGUGGUGGUGGGGGAGGAGGGGGACGGGAGCAUGGCGCUGAGCGCCGAGGCGGCGGCGGCCAUCCAGGGGGCCGUGGCCCUGGCCGCCCCCGUGGCCGGGCUGAUGGAGAAGGCGGGCCGGGAGGGGCCCCCCAAGAGCUUCCGGGAGCUGAAAGAGGCCAUCAAGAUCCUGGAGAGCCUCAAGAACAUGACGGUGGAGCAGCUGCUGACCGGCUCCUCGCCCACCUCGCCCACCGCGGAGCCCGAGAAGCCCACGCGGGAAAAGAGGUUCCUGGACGACAUCAAGAAGCUGCAGGAGAACCUGAAGAAGACGCUGGACAACGUGGCCAUCGCCGAGGAGGAGAAGAUGGAGGCCGCGCCCGAGGCGGAGCGCCGCGAGGAGAAGCCCGAGGCCCAGUCGCCCGUCCGCUCCGAGUGGCCCAGCGAGACGCCCGUGCUCUGCCAGCAGUGUGGGGGCAAGCCCGGGGUCACCUUCACCAGCGCCAAGGGAGAGGUCUUCUCUGUGCUGGAGUCUGCACCCUUCAACCACUCGUUCAAGAAGAUCGAGUUCCAGCCCCCGGAAGCCAAGAAGUUCUUCAGCACCGUGCGGAAGGAGAUGGCACUGCUGGCGACCUCGCUGCCCGACGGCAUCAUGGUCAAGACUUUUGAAGACCGAAUGGACCUCUUCUCGGCCCUGAUCAAGGGCCCCACCCGCACCCCCUACGAAGACGGCCUCUUCCUCUUCGACAUCCAGCUCCCUAACAUCUACCCGGCCGUGCCCCCCCACUUCUGCUACCUCUCCCAGUGCAGCGGGCGGCUCAACCCCAACCUGUACGACAACGGGAAGGUGUGCGUCAGCCUGCUGGGCACCUGGAUCGGGAAGGGGACAGAGCGGUGGACCAGUAAGUCCAGCCUUCUGCAGGUGCUGAUCUCCAUCCAGGGCCUGAUCCUGGUCAACGAGCCGUACUACAACGAGGCGGGCUUCGACAGCGACCGGGGCCUGCAGGAGGGCUACGAGAACAGCCGCUGCUAUAACGAGAUGGCGCUGAUCCGCGUGGUGCAGUCCAUGACGCAGCUGCUGCGCCGCCCGCCCGAGGUCUUCGCCCAGGAGAUCCGGCAGCACUUCGGCUCGGCCGGCUGGAGGCUGGUGGGCCGCAUCGAGGCCUGGCUGGAGCCGCACUCGCUGCCCGAGUCGGAGCCGGAGGCGGCCGAGCCGGCGGACUCGGGCCAGGAUGAGCCCGGGGCGGCCAGGGGGCCCGACGCCCCCCAGGGCUCGGACACGGAGGGCGCGGCCCCCCCCGCGGCCGGCAGGGACCUCACGGAGCAGCCCCCGGCGGAGGCCCCGGACUCGCCCGCCGCGCCGCCCAGCGUCAAACCAAAGAAGCGCCGGAAGAGCUACCGCAGCUUCCUGCCCGAGAAGAGCGGCUACCCCGACGUCGGCUUUCCCCUCUUCCCACUCUCCAAGGGCUUCGUCAAGAGCGUCCGCGGGGUCCUGGCCCAGUUCCGGGCCGCCCUGCUGGAGGCGGGCAUCCCCCAGCCCGCGGAGGACAAGUAGCCGCCGCCCCCGCCCAGGACAGACGGACACGGCGGGGAGGGGCCGGGCCUGCUGCCGCCCGCUCGCUCGCUCCCCGCCCCCUCCCUCCCGCCCUCCACCCGGGCCGCCCUCGUCACCGCCGGGACAGCCGGACGCUGAAACGCAAGGAGUCUCCGCGCUCCCCCCGAGCGGGCGGUCCCCCCCCAGCCCGGAGCAGCUGAACCUCUGUGACCACCCCUCCCUCACCCCACCCCCGGCUCCACCCUCCCUUCCCCACCGCCCCCCCGGGCCAACACUGGGGUCCGUCUCAACUGUGGGGGCGGAGGGGACCGGCCCCUUCUGCACCGUGAGGAGGAGGGGAGGGACCACCGGCCUCCCCGGCCCCCACCCGGCUCUUCCUCUCACCCCAUUCCUUCGGUGCCUCCCAGCUGCUUGCGCCAAGCCUCAGCUCCUCGGAGUCUGCCCCCCUGCCUGGCUGUUCCCAUCUCCCUAGUGUGGGCCCUGCCCUGGGCACCUCCAGCUGCUGUCCCCUUCUCCUCCCCCCCCCAGGUCUGGCUCAGCUGCUGCUCCCAGGCCCCCGGGGAGCAGGGGAGGGUCUCACCCAGCAUCCCUGACCGGCAGGCGCCGUCAGCUUGCCGCCGAGGGUGACCAGAAGGCCGGACCCCGGGGGGUGGGGGCGGGGAGCCCAGCUGCUGUCGGUGCCCAGCAGUGGAGAGGGUGGCAGAGGUGGGAGGAUGAGACUUCACGGUCCAGCGGGCCCCCACACCCACCCACCCACCGCAGCUGGCCGGCUCCGACUCGCUUCGGGCCCCAGUGCCCCCAGCCGGGGGCCUCUGCUCUCCACCCCCCUCCCCCAACCCCCGUCGGGGUCCAGAUCCGGGCAGGGAGAGGGCACGGGAGAGGUGGCGCUCGGCACCGAGCCGCCCCGGAAGCCUCUCCUCCUCGCCGGUGAGCAGUGGAGAACCCCUCCGGGGUGAUGAGGCGAGGAGAGCCCCCCAACCCCACCCCCACCCCCACCCCUAGACCCUCACAGAGGUUUACAUGUUUUCUAAGCUUUUGAUAAUGUGAAGCUCCAGGUUAGGAGGUGGCUGGUUGAGCACAGUAUGGCGAUGUAAUUUUUUUGGUGUAUGUAUGUAAUAUUUAAGGGUUUAAAAAUGAAAAAAAACUAAUAAAUCUCAAAGGCAAAAAACCUUAAAUAUUUAGGAGAAAAAAAAAAGAAAAAAAAAAAGCCAAAGCAUGAUACGUCUUGUUAGCCUUAAGCUGGCUCCACAGCUGUGCCGUUAUGACUCGGGCCAGGGGCUGAAGUUUUGCUUCUGUACAGUAUUUAAGAGCCCGCGGGACUGACUGGGGUGGGGUCCGGCUUCUAGGAGCACUGUUCAUGUGGAGGUGAGACUGCUGAGUUGCUUACGAUAUCUGUAUAAAGUGCUGUGUGACUACAUUUUUUUUUUACCUGCAUAAUAUAUAUAUAUUUUUUUUUUGUUUGGCUCAUUAUAAUGUACAAAGACAAGGUGACAUCAUUAAACCUGCCUCUGCCACUCA